UGAUCUCACCUCCUCUCCACCCCUCCUAUCUGCUGCCAGCCUCCAAACCAGAGCGCACAUCCGCCUGUGUGUGUGUGUGUGAGAGAGAGAGAGAGAGAGAGCGAGAGUGUGUGUGAGAGUGUGUGUGUGUGUGUAUGUGCAGACUGCACAGACGAGGCACAAGGUAGAUUCACGGUGGAUUUCCCUGCGCAGGACUGAGCACUACUGAGCACGAGCCGAGCCGAGACCGAGCCAUGGAAGAACUGACGGCAUUCGUGUCGAAAUCUUUCGAUCAGAAAACCAAGGAGAGCAGCAAAGAGGCGAUCACGUACAGGGAAGUUUUGGAGAGCGGCUUGACGAGGGCGAGGGAGCUGGGCAGCCCGGAGACAAACCUGCAGGACAUAACGGAGAGCAGCCACUGCCCCGUGCAUCUGUUCAAGGACCACGUCGACCUGGAAAAGGAGAAACUCAAGGACUUUAGUGUUUCGAGGGCGACAGAAGGGAUUUACGAGUGUAAGGAGAAAAAGGAGGACGUGAAGUCGGAGGACGAGGACCCACAGGGCAAACUGAAGCAGCGGAGGAGUCGCACUAACUUCACCUUGGAGCAGCUGAACGAGCUGGAGCGGCUCUUCGACGAGACGCACUACCCGGACGCCUUUAUGAGAGAGGAGCUGAGUCAGCGGCUGGGACUGUCCGAGGCCAGAGUGCAGGUUUGGUUUCAGAACAGAAGAGCAAAGUGUCGAAAACAGGAAAACCAAAUGCACAAAGACAUCUUUCCCUUCACUCCAGGUGUUAUUCUGGGCAGUGGCAGUCACCUCGACGCAUGCAGAGUAGCACCCUAUGUCAAUAUGGGUGCCCUACGGAUGCCCUUCCAACAGGUCCAAGCCCAGCUCCAGUUGGACGGAGUCACCCACUCCCACCCCCACCUGCACCCUCACCUGACUGCUCACGCUCCCUACCUGAUGUUCCCUCCCCCUCCCUUCGGACUACCAAUCGCAUCUCUCGCAGACUCAGCCUCUGCAGCGGCAGCAGUGGCGGCAGCUGCCAAAAGCAACAGCAAGAACUCGAGCAUCGCCGACCUGCGACUCAAGGCAGGACUUCUGCGGGGCCAGUGGCUCAGUCCACUCCAGGCACAGAUCACAUCCCAAGGACCGUACAAACACAUGUGGAUGUCUGUGUGAGGGCCGGGCCGGGGCCCUGUCACACCAGAAGACGUUAGAACAAAGCAAACUGGCAGGCAGCAGCAGGGCCUAAAGCAGAGCCUUGCUGCCGCUGGCUGCCGCCAUGUUGACAAUGCAAAGGGGUUGAGCAUGUGGGAAGCAGACUCACGCACCACUUCACCGACGCAUUGGAACAACUCUCACCUUUAUGCCCCCCCAAAAUCCACACCUCAUGAGAAAAAUGAAGAAAAAAAAAAGUUUAAAAAAAAAGGCCAUAUUUGUCUCCAACCACUGUGUUCCCUGCUGCUGCCAAGUGCAUGAGCUCUAAUGGAGGACCAUUCUGGGACUGGCCUCUAUCCACACCUGACACAACCGCUCGACAACUGUUUUUAACACUGCCAUUCAACACGUCCACAAACCCCAACCCCCACACACACAUCUUCAAAAUGAACGGUCUCUAUUACGGUUUGAUAUCCUUCUUCUCAUGGACUUGUGCUAUAGUGAAAGCAACAACAACUCCUUUUUUUCUUGUUGCUGCAGAGGGGAGAGACAUUAUUCUGUGUUGCUGGGCAUGUGUUGGCAAGAUUUGGUUUGCUUUUUUUUCCCUAACAGCGUUCUCCCUCUGUCGUUAUUCUUUCUUUCUGUUUGUUGUGUUGUAUCCUGGGUAAAGAAAUGAAGAUAGCCUUUGCACUUCAGGUCUUGUAUGUGGGUGUUUACAAAUGGCACUACAAGCAGAUACUACUUUGCUAAUUAUAAGGGGGGAGGGGAAUUUGAUAUCGUCAUGUGAUCAGCAAAAAGGACAUUAUCUUGGACAAAGGGUAUAAUUGCGAUUUUUCUUUUUUGUAAUUCUGAAAAAAAAAAGAAGAAAGCAUCAGUCAAACUGAAAUGCAAUGGUGCGCAGUUUAAGUGCAAUACUGUAAAUAGCAAAAAAGUAAAAACAGCUAGCAGUUAGUUGUCAACGAUAAAGAGACCCAAUGAUUUUCCGUUGCUUUCAUGCACUGUUGCAGUGUUACAUUUCUUUGCCAAACACGCCAGUUUUUCUACAGCAGUGUAUAUUUUGUUGAGUUGGAGGGAGGUUCCUUGAAACCAGGUGCCAUAUGGCACCAAAACCUCCUAUGUAUUCAAACUGUUUUGUAUGCAUCAGGUGCAGUUGCCUCUUGUUGAGGAAGACAUGAGAACAUUUUUCUGAGCUGCAGAAAUAAUAAAAAAAAAACAAUUCUCUUUGCUACUCCAUUUACCUGAAAGAAAAUCCAUUUUACGAUUGGAUGUUGGUUAGUCACCAUAAUAAAAUCCACAAAUCAGCAAUGUAAUCCAAACCAAGCAGUUUACAAUAGAAUUCCCUUAUUUCUGCAUGUUAUAUGUGACAUUUCAUUGUUGAUUUCAAAAACAAUUCAGACUGUAUUUAACAAAUUCUUCCAGCCAUGGUGGAUGUUUUUCUUUAAUUUUGAAUUUUUCAUGUUUUGGAAUUCAAAGAUGAUUUUUCAACACUGCUGUCAGAGCUGCGAUAUACAUGUAGGUCUGUUUAAGAUCUACGUACCUCUAACAGUCUCCAACAACAUCUCUGUUCACAGACCUCCAUUUAGAAUUGUUUAUCUAUGUCUCCAUUUUAAAUUAAACAUAUGGGUGUUUUAUUUAUUAUUUUGUCUAAAGGUUUAUGAAAGAUGAAAUAGUUGAACUACAAGUGUACAUUUGUACAUGGCUUUGCAUUUAUUUUUGUAUGUUUUUUUUAAGUGUUUGAAUUAGGAGGUGUGGCUGUAGUGCAUUGUUUGCCUAAAAAAUGUAGCGUGUCCAAGUUUACAAACAUUUCAGGGACGGUUAAAUUGAAUAAUACUCCAUGGAAUUUGUUGUACCCAUUAAAAAUGAUUAUCAUUUCAUAUGCAAGCAUGCCUAAACAUGAAUCAUCGUACAGUUUGUUUCUUUCCCCGUUUGAUUCACAAAUUAUGAAUGUACAUCUUGUACAAGUAAACUAUCAAUAAAGUUAUAAAUAUUUGUA